AUGCGGUAUGAUUGCGCAGUCUGCAGAGCACCACUUUCGGACGACGACCUGGCGGAGUUGAAGGGACUAUGUGGCUUGUGCGAGACGGCUACCGUUGACGCAGCUUAUGGCUCCGACCCUGAGGGCGACGCCCAGGACUACAGUGAGGCACAAUCAGAGGAUGACCACGACCGCGUUGCGCGCUGCAAGCUCAAGGCGUGCAAGAUGCCUCUUCAAACUGCGCUCGAGCUCCUGGAAAGCAACGACUGCUUCGCGACUUUCAAUAGGAUCCCGAACUUCUCAGCCCCAGGAUUGAUUGUGGAUAACGGCAUGCCUAUCGGGCUGCCUCUCACCAGUUCCGACGCCAACAGAAUCAUCGCUGCUAGCCACGAAGCACCCUUCGGAAAGGGCCCACAGACGAUGGUGGACACCUCUCUCCGCCGGACAUGGGAAAUUCAUCCCAGCGAGCUCAAGUUUCAGCAUGGCGAUGCGUGGCAGAAUUUGAUAGCUAGCCUCCUGCCCGCGGCUUGCAGAGCGCUUGGCCUUGAGGAUGAGCUGUCAACAAUUGAUGCUCAGCUGUACAAGUUGCUGCUAUACGAGAAAGGCGCCAUGUUCAAGCCUCACACAGACUCUGAGAAAGCUCCUGGAAUGUUUGGAACCAUGAUCGUCUGCCUGCCGUCUGCACACGAAGGAGGUGACAUUGUGCUUCGCCAUUCUGGUCAGACGAGGAAGUUCUCUACUACCAGGUACCAUCCGUGUUCCGCGGCGUGGUACGUUGAUGGAGUCCACGAGAUCCAAGAAGUCACCGCAGGCCGGCGUCUGGUUCUAGCUUACAAUCUCGUGAAGUCCUCCUCUGCUUUGUCAAUGCCAUCGGCAGCCACGCACUCAUCAGCAAAUACUAUACUUGACCAAGCACUGGAGACAUGGUCCCGUCGUACCCACGAGGACCCGUCGAGCAAGGACAACGAACUCGUCUACGUGUUGGAGCAUCAAUAUACGGAUGCCAGCCUCAGCUUCGAAGCCUUGAAACGAGCGGACAAGCUUCGCGCUCAAGCAUUGAUGCAGCUCAGAGCAAGAUACGACUUCGAGGUCUACCUGGCGAAUGUGGAACGCUCGGUAAUGGGAGAAUGCGAGAAAGAGUACGAUCCGUACGAUAGGUAUGGCAUGAGUCGCAGCUACAUGUCCCGGGGCAGAGGGUGGAACUACUACGAUGAUGAAAGUGAUGAGGACGAAGACGAAGACGAGGACGAGGAUGAAUACGGGCCAGCGCAUUUGACUGGCGACCUCCAUGAGCAUACCGAGGUCUUCGACCACAAUUUGGCGUUGAGAAGGCUACUGCACAUGGAUGGACGGCUUCUUGCGGAUGAGCUCGAGAUCUCCAAACAUUCCAUCGUGCAAACAGAUGCUUUCGAUCGAGAUCCCGACGACGAGGACUACUCGGGCUACACCGGCAACGACGGCGCUACUUCCACCCACUUCUAUCGCGACGCGGUGCUGGUACUCGUGCCACGCCGCAACAAGAUGGGUCUGCUUUUGCGCUCGAUUGGGCGCGGACGAAGUCUUUUCAAAGCGAAUGUGCGACCCCUACUGGACGAGGCAGUCUCGAGGGCGAAGACCUGUAGUCCUCAGCACAGGAAAGACUUGGUCGAGAUAUGCACGCUUGUAAUCGGCAAGAACCAAUCCGAUGCAGCGAGUGUAACUUCCAGCUAUGGCUACGGAUCGCUUCCGGAAGAUGUCAUUGACAGUGCUGUCGCGGCUUUGAUACAGAUUGGCGAAUUCCACGCGCUUUCCGAAGCUGUCAAGAGGGGUGACAAUCCGCUGCCCAAGGCCAGUAUGCAGAAUUUGGCCAGAGCACUGGAAGGUCCGGAGAAGCAGGAGGCUAGAGAAGUGCUCAACCAGGCAAUGUCCAAGUACCCUUUCUUGGCAAGCUCGAUGAACGCCCUUUUAGACAUGUUCGGUAGCGACUUGGGCAAGCGAAAUCCCCUUGUACGGCCCUGGAUCCUUGACCAAGUAGCCAGUGCUAUCCGCAAACCCAAAGCCUUCGACACGGAGUCUGGUGGCCCAACAUUAGCAGACAUAGGGGUUAAGGUUGGGUCAGAAGAUUUCCUCGGGGAUCAUCUUGUGCCUGUCGUCAAAGAAUCUGCUGCUGACUCACGCUUCGCAAUGGCGUUUCUUGCCCGAUGGCGUUUGACUGCCCACGAAAGCUUCUCACCGGCAAUGGCUGAUGAAGUUUUCUACGGCAUACUGCGUGCAACCCUCAGUAAAUGCACUCUAAUGAGUGUUUCUGCCACUGCUCGGACCGGCUCGCGGCACAAUGGCGGAGUCUCGGACAACGACUUCGCUUGCAACCUUGCCACCGUACUGUCUGCCCUACUGGAAUCUGGCCUUCCUCAUGAGACUGAAUCAAUCUGUCGCGUCCUUGUAGCUCAUUGCCAGCGCAUUGAUGGCCAUCAGAACAGAUCCAUCAUGGUCCCCGUGCUUCGCGAUGUCGAAGUCGCCGCACUGAGUGCUUUGAAGCGACCAUACGGCCAUUGCAUCCAAACACUUUACACAAACGUCCUGGUCAGGUUGGUGCUGGACUAUGUCGGCGCCGAACCGCCUCUCGCCCUGAACUGGGUCAGGCCAGCAAUCAGCCAUGAGGGCGGUAAGGACUGCCAGGAGCUGACCCGUUUUCUUGCCGACGGCAGACAAGUUGUUGGGCAAUUCAAGAUGGGCGCACCGAGACGGAAACAUUUACAAAUGCACCUCACAUCUGGCAACUACGACUACAACUUCGCGCGCGAGCACUACGAAUUCGCCACCGACACUUCCCGCAGACCCGCCGUACUCGUCAUCACAAAGACGGACCGCAAACAGCGUCUUGCUCAUGAAUCCUGGACCGGUAAACGGGAUGAAGUACUUCGUCUGUUGCGAGAAUUUCCUGUGCCGGAGGGGUUGCGGCAGCUGUUGCAGCAUCCGGCCAUGCUGGAUGAUAUCCGUGGGAUGCGGUUCGAGGCGCUGUCGAGGGCACGAACGCAAGGUGUUCUGCAGCCGCUGUCGCUUAAUCAGCAACCAUCGGCAGCGACUGGUGCCAAGCGCAAGGCGGAAGAGGCUGUUGAUGCGCCUGCGGCGAAGCGGACGGAGGUUAUUGAUCUGUGCUCCGACGGCGAGUGA